AUGAGCUCCAUGUCAUUCUUUCGCCGUAGCCGCAACAACGACCGCCAGAGGACCACUUCAACUACGUCUACUAGUAAUUUACCGCCUCCUCCGCCCGGCGGCCAAUCGUCUUCUUCCGACAGUCUUCCGGACGGCGGAGAUGGGAGGAACGACACGAUCAACGCAUCUGACUACGCUCGCAAAUGCGCAAGGCUCAUGGAGCUAUAUCGAAGCUUGCGCUCACUCGGUAUUACCACAUUUCUACCAGACUUACCACGCGUCGUCGUCAUCGGUGCACAAUCUAGCGGCAAGAGCUCUCUAGUCGAGGCGGUCAGCGGGAUCAAGGUUCCUCGAGACGCUGGUACCUGCACAAGAUGCCCCAUGGAGUGCAUCAUGUCCAGCGAUGCCAGCUCCUGGUCGUGCACAAUCAGCCUCCGUACGGAGUACGACACCCAAGGGAGGCCCCAGAUCCACCAAACAGAGGACUUCGUGCGUGAAAUUUUGAAUGAAUCCUCAGUCGAGCUCUGGGUCCGCAGAGCGCAAGCAGCCAUUCUUAACCCCCACCGCCCUCGCUCCGAUUUCUUGACCAUGAGUGAAGAAGAAUUGAAACGCCUGAAUAGCGCCAACUCGCAGAAUCCCGAUUCACAGACCCUCAAAUUCUCCAAGAACGUAGUCGUGGUUCACGUGAAGGAUCCAGGGGCAACAGACCUCUCAUUCGUCGACCUUCCUGGUCUAAUCCAGAAUGCUGAAGAAAACCUCAUCGACACCGUCCGUUCUCUCGUUGAGAAUUAUAUUAAGCAGAAGAAUACUGUCAUAGUUAUUGCAAUGCCCAUGAGCGGUGAGAAAACCUCAGCUAUUGACAGGAAUUAUCAUGCUGACGUUAUUUUGCCUGGACUUCUAAAUGACUAUGAGAACAUGCAGGCUGUAAGGCUUGCUGGGCAAUUAGGUGCAGAUCCGGACGGCGAGAGGACGAUAGGAGUACUUACGAAACCAGACACUCUUCAACCCACAGCAAGAGCCUCUCUCGAGAAGUGGAAGGCCGUUCUUGAGGGCACAGAACAUGCUACCACCCAUGGGUAUUAUUGCGUCCGCCUCCCGGACGAAGACGAACGGACGCAUGGAAUCAGCAAAGCAGAGGCCCAACGCACCGCCGACAAUUUCUUCAGCACUAGGUUCCCAUGGAGCGACAUGGCUGAUCGCCGUCGUUUCGGUAUUCCCAAUUUCGUAACGAACGUCAGCGCGCUGCUCGUGCUCCUCAUCGAGGCAAACCUCCCAUCCUUGCGAGAGAGAAUUGCCGUAGAGCUCGAGAAGUGUAUACGCGAGAUAGAAGAGUUGCCUCCCGUCUCGCAUGUGCAUCCGUCGACCGAAGUUAUGCUUCGCGUAACGGAGUUCUGUAAAGGGAUGCAAGACGCGGUGCUCGGCGAGAGAUACAAGGAAUUUGUCCAGGCGAACAAGAGGCGGUACGCACUAUUCGAACAAGACAUCAGGAUGACGACGCCGGACUUUCGACCGUUCGAGAAUGUCACCUAUUCUUCCAGUCUCGUCGAAACUCGCACGGAAGCUCGCUCGCUCGUAGAUGUCCGGAAUGUCAUCAAAGCGUCAAUCACUUGGGAGCUUCCGAGGCACAUCCCAUUCGAAGCGACAAAGGUCCUCGUGUCGCAAUACACGGCCCUAUGGACGGCCCCGUCCAUAACCUGUUUCGAAAGUGUCGUCAGUGGAAUGUCGAAGUUCCUCGACGAGCAACUCCACGGCCACUUCGGACAGUACACCGAACUGGAGAAAUAUCUUUCCGCAAUCGCGCACCACGAAAGAGAUAUUUGCCGAAACGAUGCUCUAAAUAUGCUUCAGAAGAUCUUGCGACUGGAAAACAAUCCCCUGUUCUCCCAGAAUUCAGAAGCUUUGCGUCAGGAAGAAGAAAAGUGGUACAAGAAGUACAACGAUUUGCGACUGCCUCAACCAGUGCGACCAGCGUCAGCCAGGCAGUACCCCGCGGGCCCUCCUUCGAUUUCAUACAGCGACGAUGAUGACAACCCAUCAGAGGCUUCAGUCUCACCAAUCAUCCACAAUUUCUCCUCCACGUUCGGUCGGGUCGUUAGAAAUAGCCCUCGAACUUGGGGGGAUGACGCUGAGAUCAAAGUGAUGGCAAACGUCAUGGGGUAUUUCCAGGUUGCCUACAAGCGCAUCAUCGAUUACGUACCCCUCAUCGUCGAGCACGAAUUAAACCAGACGUUCGCCUCCAAACUGAGCAACGUCCUCAUCGACAGGAUCUUCCAGGACUCCAGAGAAGGCAGGAUCGAUCUCGAAAGCCUCCUGCAGGAAGACCCAGAGCUGGCAGCGAGGCGGAGGGAGUUGGCGGAGAGGAAGAUAUGCCUCACGCAGAUCAAGAACAAACUUGACGAAUUCGAGAUGUCUUCCGGGUUGUAA